AUGGCACAGACAAUGGUGAAAGGUCGAGCAACAUGUUCUAUAUGUGGAAAAGAAAAAAUCGCGUAUAAAUGUGGAGGAUGUUCACGAGAUUAUUGUUUCAAUCAUUUAGAAGAACAUCGUCAAACACUUGGUAAACAAUUCGAUGAAAUUGAAAAUGAUCGUGAUCAGUUUCACCGAGCACUUGUUGAACGAAAAGAAGUUCAAAAACCAUUUCCAUUGAUACAGCAAGUUGAUAAAUGGGAGGAAGAUUCAAUUAAGAAAAUUAAACAAACAGCAGAAGAAUGUAGACAAACAUUAAUUGAACAUAAAAACAAACAUUUUAUUGAAAUAGAAAAAAAGCUAUCUCAAUUAACUGAACAAUUAAAACAAAAUCGUCAAGAAAAUGACUUUAAUGAAAUUGAUUUAGACGGAUUCAAAAUGAAAUUAACAAAACUAACAGAAGAACUUGAUCAACAAUCAAAUAUUAGGAUUCAACAAGAUUCUACAUCAUUUAUAAAUAAACUUUCAGUUAUUGUAUUACCUGAAAUUCUUCAAGAAAAUAACUUUAAUGAAACUGAUUCAAACCAAAUUACAACAAAAUUAACAGAAAAACUUGAUCAACCUCGAAAUAUUUCGAUUCAAAAAGGUUCUACAUCAUUCAUAAACAAGAGUCCAGUCAUUGUAUCAUCUGGUAAUUGUGACUUGAUAUCUAAAUUGAUGAGAGAAUGUAUUUAUAAAAGGACAUGA